AUGUUUCAGUGCUCGCAAUGCAACAAAUCCUACCAGCGAAAGAGUCAUUUGCUUCGACAUGAAGUAACACAUACCGGCGCCUCCUGUUCAAGCUGCCCUUACUGCAAUAAAUCCUUCUUGAAGAAGGAGGUUGCACGAAGGCAUAGUAAGAUCUGUGCCAAAAAGCACAACCAGCCUCCUCCGGUAGCAGCUAAACCCGGGAGGAAGAAGCAGUCCUGUGACGAAUGCUUCUUUGCGAAGACAGCCUGCGACAGAGCAUCACCAUGCUCUCGUUGCCAAUCCCUUGGGAAACAAUGUUCCUUUGGGGCCCAGACCCCUUCUACGGAGAACAUUCCCUCAAUGUCCCCAUCGCCAUCACCAUCUGUCUCGCAAAUUCCGCAAAGAAGAAGCGACCCAUUCUUCUUCCUAGCACACUUCACUGAUCCCUCCAUCAAGCAAGACAGACUUGCAAUCGCAGAGACAGCAAAAUGCUCCACUAGAAGGCAUCUUGACCCAAUUUACUUCCAGCAGGAAGAACCACUCUUGCCUCACGACUCUUUAUCGGCUUACAUGCCAGGCUUUUCAGUUGCUGAUCUGUUUCUUCAGCCUCUGUCUACCCCGAUUGGACAACUUUCUAUGGAGUUUAUUCCUGAAAGCACAUUUGCUUCAAGACUCUCCAAUAGACUCAGCGAGAUGAUGAUGAUUCUGGUCGAUACUUCGAAUUCUAUGGGCCUGGCGAACGCGGGCCCACAAAACCAACUCGACAUGGCCGAGCUAAACUCACUAUUCACGACCUGCAAUCUUUCUGUGUUUAUCUCGGCUUUCUUCCAGUCUCUUCAUUGGCAUCUUCCAAUUGUACAUUUUCCGACAUUCGAUCCUGCAAAAGUCUCAAACCCUCUCCUCCUUGCAAUAUUCUUGGCUGGAGCAACAUAUGCUACCUCGCAAGAUGGCCCGGUAUUCGCAAGUAGAAUACUUGACGUAGCUGAGGAGUACAUAUUCCGUCAGUUGGCUAAUUUAUCAUCAACACCCUUUCCGAGCAGCGCUCCCUAUCUCCUACCGUCAUUGGAAGUCAUUCAGGGAGCUUUAAUAAUCGAGAUGCUUCAGUUUGGACAGGGCGAAACGGGCACAAGGCGACGAAUUCGUAUAAUUAGACAUCCAUGUGUCAUCUCUACGGUACGAUCGUUGGGGAUUCUCCAGUCCAAGAGAAGUUUGACUCCGGAUAUGUGUAACGAUGAGACAUGGAGAGCAUUGAUAGCCGAGGAAGUCUGUAUAAGGAUCGCCUGUUGGGCCUUCCUUGCGGACGGAUUCCUCACAGUUUGUUUCAAUAAUCAUCCUGCACUGUCGAUAUUCGAGAUGGACUGUCAAUUCCCCUGGAGUUCCGCUUUAUUUGAAGCUGAAAAUGCAUCGUCUUUUAACGAGAUGGCUGCUUCUUAUACGAUGGGGCGCCCGCUACCUUCAUUAAGGGAGUUCAUUACGCGCCUGCUUGAUGAAAAUGCUACGGAUGACCUGAUUCAAUGGAGUCGCUCACUAGUUGGCGAACAUCUGUUGAUUCUGAUCUAUGCAAUGCACUCUCUCGCUUUCCAGGCUAGGACCGGCUUGUUCGGGUGGAUAUCCACGAACUCGAUAAAACGGGCCGCCGAAAAUUGGCGAAGCAUUUGGGACUCCGUCUCCAGCAUCGUUGGUAAGGAAGGAAUACACCACUUGGGCUAUCCUAAGCAUGCUGAAGAGCUCUGGUGGCUAUUAACUGCUACGCUUGACCGCGCCAGUGGCCGGAACGUAAACCUUCGAUACCUGGAUAACGCCGCAACCGAUGACCUGGAAAGUUUAAAUAAUUUCAUCCGGGAUAUCAAAGGCCCCAACAGGACAUAG